AUGGAUCAAUAUACCUCAGGCCAACACAGUCAACCCAGCCCCACCUCAAGCUUUCAGUGGCUCUCUUUUGCUUACCAGGGUCUGACAGAAAUCCCCUAUGAAACCAUUCUAACACAGACACACACACUGGAGGUUCUGGACCUGAGUUACAAUUUGCUGGAUGAGAACCCGGCUCUGCUGGGUCAGCUGGAGAAGCUCAGCACUCUGAUUCUGGACUGCAACAACUACACAUCUCACAUCAAGUUCCCCUACAUGCCGAGCAUCACCACAGUGUGCAUCAACAAGAACAAGAUCAACAAUUUGCCUGUGUUUGUGGAAGAAAUCAGGCGAAAGUUCCCAAACAUAAAGAUCCUCAGUAUGAUGAACAACGAGGCAGCACCUAGCUAUUUUAAUGGAGGAAGUCUGACCCAGUACCAAGACUACAGACAGUACGUCAUCAGUCAGAUCCCAGGCCUGGAGAUUCUGGAUGACACUGAGGUCCUUGAUAAGGAGAGAGACCAGGCUAGAAAAACCUACAGGCUGCAGCAGAGCAGUCACAGCAGCAGGAAGAGGAAGGAGGAACCAUCAAAGAAACAUACACACAUGCAGAAAAAGUUACAUACUGUUAUAAGACAAUAGGAUAUACUAAGUUCCCUUCCUUUAAAACCACCCCUUUAAUGUUCCACUGUCAACAUUAUGAUACACACUGUGUGUUCUGUAUCUGCU